CAGCAAAGCCAGGUCCCUAACCUACUGAACGAGGCCAGGGAUCAAACCUGCAUCCUCAUGGAUGCUAGUCAGAUUCAUUUCUGCUGCACCAUAACCAGAACUCUGAACUAUGGUUACUUGCAAUUUGAUGGUGCUUAAAUACUGUAACAGAGGAAAUCAAAGUAUAUAUCAAGCAAUUUGUCUAGAAAAAUAAAAUUUGGGAGACAGCAAACCAUUUUUAAUCAUCUUUGUAAAUGGACAAAAUACAAAUAAAUUUUAUGAACAAUUAAAAAAAAAAGAAAAGAAAAGAAAAGAAAAAGCAAGACAGCCAGUAACCAGAUCCUCUCGUCAUUUGCAUUUCAUGCCUCUGGUCAUGUGACAAGCUAAUGAAGAAAAAUUGGAAAUAACCAUUAACUGGGGGCGGGGGGGAACUAUACUAGCAUUGAAAAAGGAUCAGAAAGUCUGCAGAGAAGGUACAAGUUCUUGGCAAGGAAGCUUGAACAUCAGAGCUAAAGAGGAUGGCGAUAGUGAACAGAGAUGCUAUGGCUGAAGACACCACCGGGUUUAAAAUCGUCUUCACCUUAGUGGUCUCCGGAAUAGAGUGCAUCACUGCCAUUCCUGGGAACAGCUUCAUCACAGCCAUCCGUGGAGCCAAGGAGGCCAGAGACAAAAUCCUCCCUGUUGGUGACGCAAUUCUGUUGAUGCUGAGUUUUUCCAGGCUCUUGCUACAGCUUUGGAUCAUGCUAGAAAAUACCUACAUUAUACUAUUCUGGGUCACUUAUAACCGAAAAACCAUGUAUACGCUUUUUAAAACCGUCACCAUGUUUCUAAACUAUGCCAACCUCUGGCUUGCUGCCUGGCUCAGUAUCUUCUAUUGUCUUAGAAUUGCAAACUUUACUCACCCUUUGAUCGCUGCGAUGAAGGGGAUAAUGCCGGUGCUGUUGCCUUGGCUCUUGAGGCUGUCGUUGUUCUCCUUCUGCUCUAGUUUUCCCUUCUCUACAGAUAUCGUCAAUGUGCACGUAAAGAACUCCAUCCCUAGCCCCUCCUCCAACUCCACUGAGAAGCUGUACUUCUCUGGGACCAACGUGGUCAACUUGAUUCUCACGCUUUACCUGGGUAUCUUCAUCCCUCUGAGCAUGUUCAUCCUUGCAGCCACCCUGCUGAUGGUCUCUCUCAAGAGACACCCCCAAUGGAUGGAGAGCAAUGCCACUGGCUUCAGGGGCCCCAGCAUGGAGGCUCACAUGAGGGCCAUCAAAGCCAUCAGCUGCUUCCUCAGUUUUUACACUUUCAGCACAGUUGCUCUAUUUCUUUCCAUGUGCAGCAUCUUCAAUGCCAACAGUUCUUGGAAUAUUCUGUGUGAAAUCAUCACGGCUGCCUGCCUAGCUGGCCACUCAGUGCUAUUGAUCCUGGGCAACCCUGGGCUGAAAGGAGCCUGGACACGGUCUCAGCACCAAGUUCAUCUUUACCUGUAAGGACAAAUUCUGUGACUGUAACCCACAGGGUAACAAAGGACCUGAUCCCACAAGCUCUGUCUUUUCCUCACCCAUCUUUUCUUUCCUCAUCUGCUCUGACACUUCUCCUCAGGUAACUAGAUCCUUUCAUGAACAUGAAGCUGAAUGUGUAACUUCAGAAUCUAAACAGAAGUAGCUGAGCAACUCUACGACAGAUGUUUGAAAACUCUUUCAUCUGUGGUCAUUUGUAUCCUGCCCUGCGCUCUUCUCUGCUUGCUCUCCCACCGAGCCUUAAGGAGAGAGUGACCAGAUACCUCUGUUUGCCCAGGACGAUCUCUGUUUAUGCCUCUUGUCAUAUGUCACCCUUUAAUUCUCAAGAAUAUUUUGGAAUGGAUGAAAAAUUAUAUGCCCCCCCUUAAGGCAACCUGUUAACCCACAGUCAAGAAAAAAAGAGGGCUAGUGACAAGGGCUAGUCAAGAAAAAAAGAGGGCUCCCUUCCCGGGAGGUGGAAGGGAAACCUGAAAGGGGAAAGAAAAGCUGGCCCAAAUCAUCAAGUGGUGCAGAGGUUCCAAGGAAAAUGAAAAGUGAAGAAAAAGGCUGUGGACGUGACUUAGAGGAGGCCAUGUACACUGCCAGUGGAGGGAUGCGGUGCACUCACAUCACAGGAGUUUUCACAAAUGAUGAUGAAAACACAUGGAUUUUGUAAAGACCAAUAGUUUCAGGAGGUUGCUUGGAGGUAACGAUGAAAUAGCGCGAGCUAGGGUGGGUAGGUGCUGCACACUCAGUGCAAUGCUCUAUUUUCCCAAAUGGUAAAAGACAAAGUGAGAAGAAAGGGAAGGGGAAAAAUGAAGUAAAAAGGAAGCAGAAAGGAGGUAGAAAGAGGCAAGACUAGAGGCCAGGCUCUUUUGCUUCGCUCCUGGAUCUGUGACAAUGUACGUGGCACUGGUUCCUCUGGCUUUACCAGUCCUAGGGCACCUCGAAGGACCUUGUGGGGCUGGGGCAAAGUCCCUGGGAGGGGCUGUUUGCUGCUCACUGUCACUCUCCAGAAGGAGCCCAUCCGCUUCAGAAGGCUAUUCCCUAGUAAGACACCCCACCUCUCAGAUAGCUCAGAACUAGAAGUUAGCAGAUUAGCUUUUCUUGCAUUUGGUAUUUUUAAAAUCAGAAGUACUGAUGAAUUUGAAAAGAAUGCUGCUGACCAUACCAAGCUUAAGAAGCUCCCAAAUAGGAGUUUCCUCGUGAUGCAAUGGGUUUAGGAGCCCAGCAUUAUCACGCUGUGGCUCAGGUCACUGCUGUGGCUUGGGUUUGAUUCCUGGCACAGGAACUUCCACAAUGCUGAGAGUAUAGCAGAA